GCACUAAUAUGCAGCACUGAUAGGUGACACUGAUGAUGGGUACUGAUAGACGGCACUGACUGGCAUCACUGCUGUCCACUGACUGGCGGCACUGACUGGCACAACCCCUGGGCACUGACUGGUGGCACUGACUGGCAGCACUGCUGGGCUGCACUGAUGGGUGGCACUGGUGGGCAGCACUGGUGGGUGGGCACUGGUGGGUGGCACUGGUGGGCACAGGUGGGUGGGCACAGGUGGGUGGCACUGCUGGGCACAGGUAGAGUGGCACAGGUGGGUGCACUGCUGGGCACAGGUGGGUGCACUGCUGGGCACAGGUGGGUGAUCUGCUGGGCACAGGUGGGC